GCGUUUCCACCCGGGAGGGGCUGUGGGGCUGCAGCUCCGGCGUUGCGGGGUCCUAGCCUCGCGACUGCGGCUCGCUGGGAUGCUGCCGCGCGGGAAAAGCAUGGGCGACUCUGUGGGAGAGCGCGGUCGCCUCCGGCGCUACCCCAAGCUCCCAGUGUGGGUCGUGGAGGAUCACCAGGAGGUCCUGCCUUAUAUAUACCGGGCCAUUGGCUCAAAGCAUCUUCCUGCCAGUAACAUAAGUUUUGUGCAUUUUGAUUCACAUCCAGACCUCCUCAUUCCUGUGAAUAUGCCAGCUGACACAGUGUUUGACAAGGAAACACUUUUCGGAGAAUUAAGUAUUGAGAAUUGGAUUAUGCCUGCAGUUUAUGCUGGCCAUUUUUCUCAUGUGCUGUGGCUUCAUCCCACAUGGGCUCAGCAAAUCAGAGAGGGCCAACAUCACUUUUUAGUAGGCAGAGACACUUCUACCACAACAAUCAGAGUUUACCACACACAGUCCAGGGCCUAUGUGGCAGUUUACAGGGUUACAAGUACAGAUCAUUACUUUCUAAGUGAUGGUCUUUAUGUAACUGAAGACCAGCUAGAGAACCAAAAACCUUUACAAUUGGAUGUAAUUAUGGUAAAACCUUAUAAACCCUGUAACAAUCAAGAAGAAAAUGAUGCAGUGUCUUCUGCUAAGAAGCCAAAGCUAGCACUGGAAGAUGCAGAAAACACUGCCUCUACUAAGUGUGACUCUUAUUCAGAAGGACUGGAAAAGGACACAGUGACACAGAGGAGGGACCAAACUUGCCUAGAGCAACCAUGUUCAUGUUCUUAUGAAAGCCAAGAAUGUCAGACUACAGUCAACACUGGGGAGAUUCUGGAAAUUUUGAAGAAAGGGGAUGCAUUUAUUUUAGAUAUUGACUUGGAUUUCUUUUCAGUCAAGAAUCCCUUCAAAGAAAUGUUCACUCAGGAAGAGUACAAAAUCUUACAAGAGCUGUACCAGUUUAAAAAACCUGGUACCAACCUGACAGAGGAAGACUUGGUAGAUUGUGUUGAUACUCGAAUUCAUCAGUUAGAAGAUUUAGAAGCUGCUUUUGCUGAUUUAUGUGAUGGUGAUGAUGAAGAAACUGUACAGAAAUGGGCUUCCAACCCUGGAAUGGAAUCACUAAUUCCACUUGUACAGAGUUUGAAAAAACGGAUGGAAGUACCAGACUAUGAAAUGGUUCACCAGGCUGGUCUAACCUGUGAUUACUCAGAACUUCCUCACCAUAUCAGCACAGAACAAGAAAUUGAGUAUCUUAUUCAGUCUGUAUAUUAUUUACUGAAAAAUUUACCAAAACCUACUCUUGUGACAAUUGCAAGGUCAAGUCUGGAUGAUUACUGUCCUUCUGAGCAAGUUGACACCAUUCAAGAAAAAGUCCUCAAUGUGCUACGCUCCCUCUAUGGGGCUGUAGACAUACAGCUGGUGUACUUAGCAGAAUGUUCUCCAUCUUGAAACAACAAAACACUAGGCUCCUAUUACAUCUUUUUUUUUUUUUUUAGGGUUUUCAUUAACUUAUUUGUAAAUGAGUCUUCCAGAAAAGACUUUGUUUUUAUAUUAACUUUAAGUUAAAAUCUUUCAGGUAUUUUGAAUCUCAAAACAGAUAUCAUCAGUUGUCAAAAGAUGACAAUUUUUUUGACAUCAAGUCUUCCCCCCACAAUUGAUUGUUGCUUAUUUUUCUUCCUUUCCAUCAUUGUCUUCUUCAUUUUGUAAGGGUUGGUUUUUUUCCUCUUUUCCCCCUACGUCAAUUGGACUAUACAAAAUUCAUUCAUUUAUUCACUCAACUGACAUUUAUUGAGCACUUACAUGUGCCAAACAUAAUUAAGUGCUGGGUGUAUGGUAAUGAACAGAAUAGACAGGUCCCCUGCCCUCUUACGGGACAGCUGAGAAACAAAUUACGGAUUAUGAGAAGUAUUGUGAAGGAAAGAACAACCAUAAACACGUCUUAGGCAUGCUCUUAGUACUCAGGGUACCUAGCUGUAUAAGAAAGUAACAUUCUCAAAAGCUACUACCAAAAAAAUAAACUUGCCAGUCCAUGAAAAUCAGAAAAUCUACCUUUCCAAGACUGUCAGGGUUGUGGCCCAGCUGUUGCUGCAUAUUCUCACAUUGUUGGAGUGGAGGAGGUCUAUUUGAGUAAAGUCAACUAGCAAAAAUUUUCUUUGCUAAUCAGAAAAGCCCUGCAGGGUUUUUGGUGCCUCCAAAUUAUCAGUAUGGGCAUUGAUUAUCAUUAUAGUUCCUAAGUGCCACUUUAUUGGCAGUCUGGGUUGAUAAUUUCGUCAAAUAAACCAGCUUUUAGUGUAAAUGGAAAAAAGAGGGUGCCUGGGUGGCUCAGUCGUUAAGCGUCUGCCUUUGGCUCAGGUCAUGAUCCCGGGGUCCUGGGAUCGAGCCCAGCGUCGGGCUCCCUGCUCCGCGGGAAGCCUGCUUCUCCCUCUCCCACUCCCCCUGCUUGUGUUCCCUCUCUCGCUGUGUCUCUCUCUGUCAAAUAAAUAAAAUCUUUAAAAAAGAAAAAAAGAUAAAUCCUUAAUUCUGACCUACCGUAAAUACCCGAAGACUCAACUGCCUUCCACCAGAUUCUCCAUGAGUAAGAGAACCUACCUGAGUCCUUCUUAAUCAUGGAACUUUUCAUUUGCUUAAUUUACCAAAGUCUUCCCUCUUCAGUAUUCCUGAGGUUCAGCAAUCAUUUUUACCUACCUGAUUUCUUUUUUUUUUUUAAAGGUAGGAUGGCAUUUAGAGGGGGAAAAAAACACCAAUCCAUUCCUCAAUCCUAAUACAGCAGUUGUUUUCAUUUUUGCAUGUAACUUUUGGGCCUUGACCACAUGUACAUGUUGAGUUGCAUGUAGCUACAAUUGUAAUGUGUUACCUAACUUGAUGGCUAAUACCCAAGUCCCAUAACCAUCGUCACUCAAUAGAUGGCACCAGAUCCCAUUUUUCCAAUGAUGCUGUUUUCCAGCAAAUUUUUCUUGUCACCAAAUUGAUUUCCCAAGGCUGAUAGCAUGAAUGCCUAUUUCUGUUGUGAAAAGCAAAGCAAAGUGAUGCUACUUUCCAUUUUGAUAGAACAUUAUGUGCCAAAAAGUUUUCUCUGUAAAAUCAGAAUUGUAAAACAGUGCUAUUUAUUUUUAAAUUUAAAAAAAAAUUAUUAGAUUUCUGUAAAUGGAUGUUACUUUUAUGAGUAAAUUAUUUUGUGUGCUAAAAGAAAUAAAAAGGUGUGUUUUGAGGUUUUAAAGAUUUAAAACCAAACUAGCACUAGUUGUAUAUGAUCUCAGUGUGUUCAUAGUACUGAUCUUAUGAUCUGCUUGAGUAGUCAUUUAUUACAAUUCCCAUGAACUCGAUGUGAUUCAUCAUUUUUUUAACUCAGGUAGAAUAAAAGGGCAUGAGUUUCUUUUUUUCAGAAUAUUCGUUGUUUCGUCCUCCUGCUCUGUGAUUCUCUUUGAAUCAAAUUCAGCCCCUAUUUGUUGACUAGCACCAACUUGGUAAAUUAUGUCACUGCAUUUCAAAUAGGAAGAUACUUAGUUUAUCAAGACAUCCUUCAUGUGUGUUCUAAGUACCAAUGAGGAAUACCACCAUACAGGGUUUUGGAUUAUGUACAAAUAUCACGGAAGCAUGGGAUUUUGAGCAAUUUUUUAAAAACUGUGACUUAAAUAUAAGCAUUGACCAGAGCUUUGGUAGUAAAAAGUAUAUAUUCCCCAGUAUCCAAGAAGCUAAGUCUUUUUUUUCCUUCAGAAAUAUUUUUUGUAGACCUCUGUCUUUGAGUGUUCUGGGUCCUCAAGGAGCACUUAGUCAAGGUUCUUCACUCUUUAUAGGAUAUUCUCUCUAAAUCUUUAUUCUGUUUUAGCAGUAGUGGCCCUGGAUUGCUGGCAAUGUAUGCAUCAUACUGCUAAUAGUUUAGAGUCAGUGGUGUUGCUUAGUACAGGAUUAUCUCAUUCAGCACACAUCUUAGGAGAAAGCACUUGCAUGAAACUGAAGGAGUUUUUAUUGGCCGUCUCAGAACGGCUCGAGAUACGUGAGGAUCCUUAUUGGACUGUGCUUGGUCAUCCUGAGUCACAGCACUCUUGUAGUGCUUGUUUCUAAACUAACUGGUCCUGCACUGUCUCUGUGGUUUUGUUGUUCCAGCUGCACUCCUAGGAACCCAAACAUCGGUGCCAUCCUGUCCCUUUAUUCUCAUUUGGGUGCAAAUGAAGUUACGGUGACUGAGGAGGUUUCUAUGAACCUGGAUUCUUAGGAGAGAGUUCUCUGAACGGCUCUCCUGCAAGCAAGGAUUCUGGGAUGAUGCUCCUUGCAUCUCUAGCUCUACCAUUCUGGACAUGUGGCUCCCUGAGUUGUCCUGGAGGAUAUCUCCGUUCUAGCUAGCAGAAGGCUAGGAAGAUGGCGGGUUACAUGCAGAAGACUUCAGGUGCGAGGCUCAUCAUUUCCUAACUGCACCGGAAGCUGAGAAAUCACCCUGCUGUGUGCCCAAAAAGAGGAGGGAAAAGGUUUGGUGAGUACCUAGCAUUCUCUCCCACAAGACCCAAGGACGUACUAGAAUGUAAUGUAUAGUCAGGCCGGCAUUUUAUAUCAGUGGGGAAAGAUGAAAUAUGCAGUAAAUGAUGCUGAAGAACUGGAUAGCUAGCACAAAAAAAUGAAGUUGGAUUCCCAAUUCACUCCUUACAACAAAAUAAAUUACAGUUGGAUCAAAUUUGAACAAAAAGAAGGAAAGGAGGGAGGGAAGAAAAGUAUUAGAAAACACAGGGGAAAAGGGAGGCCUUUUUAUAAAUCAGCACGCCUACCCGGAAGAUUCAAAAAAAUAUUGGGUGAGGAUUGUGUAGGCAUUCACCUAAAUACAACCAUCCCAGAUUUCACAAUCCUAUUUCUUCCCUUCCAUGGCUCUGACAUUAAGAUAGGACACCUGCUCUGGCCGUGCAUUAGGUCUCCAUUGCAGCUCUGACAUUUUUAUGAUGGGAUUUUGAGGCUAAUUUUUGGCAUAGUCUGCCCGCCUGCUGCAAGAGGUGAGGGUCUAAUUAAUUAAAUUUGGCCAUGAAAGCCUUCUAGCUUUCACAGCAUGCCCUGAAUUGAUAGUUGGCUGACUGAUGUGCCAUUCUCCAAGGCUUCCAGGUUAAACCCGCAAUGAGACUCUCGUUGCUCCCUGAAUAGGGAGUGAACAAAUUCUCCAGUCCCAUUCUUGAGUGUCAACUUUCGAGGACCAAACCUGGUACCAUCUAUUUUAGUUGAGGUCCUCCCAAAGCCAGUAUUGAGGCCAGAAUUUGAGUGCAUGUGGUUUAUUUGGGAGGUGAGAUCAGGACGCGAGGGAGUAGGGAAAGUGAGGUAGGAAGGUGGAAACGUUAGUAAAGGAUAUUUCAAUGAGAAGAUCACUGCUGUAGUCAACAAGAGUUCCAUUCCACUCAGGAAUCGGCAAGGAUGUGGCUUAGAGUCGCCGACUGAGGGAAAGGGAAACUUGUGCAUCUAUCCACUGGUUCCCGUUCCUCAUAUGUUGAAAGUUACCUCCGAGAGCCUAAUGGGCUGUUACUUUCCAGCCACCCUGGAGUGCCCAGCCUUGCAUUAGCUACGGAAAUUCCUGUGGCGCCGCACAACGAUUCAGGAAGAGAAGCAGAAAGAACCAGACACAAGGGCUCUCGUGUGAAAACAAUGGGUACAGAAAGCGCUUGGAAGGACUGUUCUAGGAAAUGGACAGCAGAGGAAGAAAUCGUGCUUUUUAAUUUUUUUCUACGCUAUGCUUGUCUUAGUUUCUGGGUCAGUAGUUUUCCUUGAGGGAGCCUUAAUUUUUAAUUAGUAGAACAGUAUCAGCCUCAGCCAAGGCCCUUAGUGCACGCACAAUCCACUGUGGGAUGAUCUCAGGAACGUCAGUGUCCGUGAACGUUGGCAAGCUCACAGCCACAAAGGCAGCAACACCCCGAGGGCCUCGUGGGAGCCAAGUACCCCUGCUUUCCGGUGCGGGCAGGGCGAGCUGUGCCUUCAGCGUGUGCCUGGGUCCUGCUGCCCUCCAAGGCUCCAGCUCCAGCGGCUGUUCCUUUGUACCUUUCUAGGAGGGCAGCUUCCGUCAUUUCUCUCUUCCUCUAGAAGCUCCCUCAAAGCUCCAGAGCAAGGAAAUCCCAAGAGAGACCCAAGAGCAAACUGUGGUGCUGUCUACCGUGGUCUUGGUGGGAGUUGUUGUGGGCACGAUUCCCCCGGCCUGGUGUGCUUUGCUCUUUGUAGAUGUGGGGCUGCCAAGGCUGCUGGGCUUGGCCUUGUGUAGCUCACAGGAAAAUUCGUGGUGUCCCCUAGUCCCCAUGAGGAGUGUGAGGUGUCGCUCUGUUUCCAGCAGUGACAACAGAGAGCGUCAGGGCUCAGCAUCUUGUGUUUGAGAUGAUUGAUACCCCGACAAUUGGGUCCCAUGAGAAGGUGGCAUCUUGGCUGAGGCUGUCAAUAACAAGCACUUUGUUUUGAGUUUGGAAGGUGUGUGGAGUUCUUUGUAUUUAGAGUGCCUCUGAGAGGCCCACACCUAGCAGAAUUCCUCAGAGGACUGGGGAGGACUGGGGGGCGGGGGGUGGUGGAGAAAGAAAGAAACUCUGUUUUGUGGCUUUGGUUACCAAACCACCUGACCUAGCCCACAUCUCAUCUUACUGACCUUCUAGCACCACCCCCCAUCCCACCACUCACCUACAGCACUCUCUUCCUUACCUCUGCUCAGAGGCUGUCCUCACCUCCCCUCUCUGCUCAGAGGCUGCCCUCACCUCCCCUUUCUGCUCAGAGGCUGCCCUCACCUCCCUUUUCUGCUCAGAGGCUGCCCCUCACCUCCCCUCUCUCCCAGAGGCUGUCCUCACCUCCCCUCUCUGCUCAGUGGCUGCCCUCACCUCCCCUCUCUCCUCAGAGGCUGUCCUCACCUCCCUUCUCUGCUCAGAGGCUGCCCUCACCUCCCCUCUCUGCUCAGAGCUGCCCUCCCCUCCCCUCUCUGCUCAGAGGCUGCCCCCCUCUCCUCCCUGCUCAGAGCUGCCCUCCCCUCCCUUCUUUCCCAGAGGCUGUCUUCACCUCCCCUCUCUUUCACACGCUGCCCUUACCUCCUCUCUGCUCAGUGGCAAUCUAGCCUCUCCUGCUUCUUGAGCUCUGUUCUCCUCCUGUCCAUAUGUGGUUCUGACUCCCAGAGUUUUCACACGAAGAAGACUGAAUACAUAGUUUCUCUGGCCCUGUUUGCUCUCUUCUAUCCCCACUGGAGCUGAUCCUCACAAAUGCAACAAAAGUUGCCCCUUAGUUCUACUCUGAUGCCUCUCCAGGCUCUAGCAACUGCUAUAGUCAGUCAAGAACAGCAGACCAUGGCUCUGGCUUGCUGUGCUUACCUGACGCUGUUGCCCAGGUGGGUAGUAAGGCAUCUUGGCCAAAUUAUAUACAAGGGAAGAUGCCUAAGACUUUGUUAAUCUUUGGCCCCGGAAUGAAUAAAGUCAGCAUAUCCUGCCUUCUAGUAAAGUGAGAGUUGUGGGAUGGGUUGAGUCUCAAGAAAGAUGAAGCUCACAUUGGCAUUGGAUGGAUAUGUAUGGUGACAGCAGGCCAGAUCUUUCUUCCCUUUGGCAGAAUGAGGUGGCUAAUCAUGCAUAGAGAGAUGGGGGACUUUUCCCCGGUAACUGGAGGCCACAGUGACCAAGAACCCAGGAUCAGUGACCCUGGGAAGUCAGUGUAGAGAAGAAAUGUCAAGAGAGCCAAGGAUUGGUUGACAAGAGGGUCAUCGUGGCAGGCAGGGGAUGAUAAAAUGGAGAGGGGGAUGUGUUGUGAGUUGGGUCUUCCAGGAAGCUGACUCUGAGUUGGAGAUUUGUGCAUAGUUAGCUGAUAAGGGAGUGAUGCUGGGAUCAACACCUGGGGAAGGAAGAGAAGAAAGCACAAUUGGGCAGAAGGCGGAGUUGGUCUGUGAUGCAGUCUUAACAGAGGACUUAGCCAACCCCAUGGGGAAAUCAGAAGCUGAAAUAACUCUUCAGAGUUGUCCUGAAUUGGGGCAAGGAGCCUGGAUCUUUAUUUUGCCUUAAGAAGAGGGUGUGCUUUGCUCUUUUUAGCUAAGGCAAUUCCCAAAGAGGGCUAACAGCUGAGUACUAGCCCUGAAGGGGGACUGUAGGAAGCAGUGCCCUGAGGUAUCCACUAUACUGUGCAAUUUAAGGAAUCACAGGCAGGAUGCCCAGAGAAAGGGAAUCUCCCAAAGGUCUGUGAAGAAUUAACAAAAGCUCUCGUGAGGUAUUGUGAGGGCUAGACCAAGAAAGGGUCUGUCCACACCCCUGUCCCCACCCUGUCCCCACCCAUCCCUUCUUUACCUUGGUAAUUUCACAGGAGCACUGUGGUUGGGAUGAGAGAGGCCCUACCAGGAUUUUAGCCCACCUAGGGCCAACAGGAAGUGACCAGCUCUUUUUGCAAAAGAUUGGACCACAAAGGUUUUGACUUUGCAAUAUGCUGAUCGGGAAGCUACUCCCUACUGCCCAGGUUUCUGACAUUGGCUUGGCCCAGUGUGGCAUCUCUCCAGCUGCUAGCACAAUAGGUUUCUAGAAGACUGGCCAAUUUUCGGGUGCCUGGGUGGCUCAGUUGGUUAAGCGACUGCCUUCGGCUCAGGUCAUGAUCCCAGAGUCCCGGGAUCGAGUCCCACAUCGG